ACUACGUGAAAUAGGACAAAUCAUUUAUCCUUCUCUAUCUGGGUGCUGUGAGCUUUUCUUGCUAAAUCUUUCAGGAGUUACAGAUGAAAUAGCCCCACAACUCUCGAGAAAUAGCAGAACUAAGCUCCAUGAUCCAAACAGCUGCAGCUAUCUUCCUAGCAAUAGCAGCAUCUUUCUCCUUGUUCAUAUCUUCUACUUCAAAAUCAUAUUAUCACUCCCUCUUCAUUUCCACUACCCUGUCUGACAAUGCCUCCAUAUCACACAACCUCUACAUGCUCACCCGCCGGCCUCAUGUUGCCGGCACACAAGCCAACGCUGACGCUGCUGCCUAUGUCCUAUCAACUCUUGCUUCCUGCAACAUUAAAUCUCACAUCGUUUCCUAUGAUGUCUCCCUAACUUAUCCUGUUUCACGUUCCUCGACUCUGAAAAAGCUACCUCCAGACCAACCAAUCAUGUUUGAUCUCGAUCAACAGAUUUAUGAUGGGGACCCUUAAGCAGAUGUAGCAAAUGACGUUCUGCCUACCUUUCAUGCAUAUGCUAAGUCAGGUACUAUAACUGGACCUGUGGCUUAUGUGAACUAUGGACGAGUAAAGGACUACGCCACGUUGAAAGAAACGGGAGUUAAUUUAUCAGGGACUGUUGUAUUAGCAAGAUAUGAAAAGAUUUAUAGAGGAGACAUUGUGUAUAAUGCACAUGAGGCAGGGGCUAUAGAAGCAGUAAUUUAUACUGAUAGAAAAGACUAUGGGGGUGGAGAAAGUGGAGAAGGAUGGUUUCCAGAAGCAAAGUGGAUGCCGCCAAGUGGGGUGGUAGGGUCUGUUUAUGAUGGAGCUGGGGAUCCUACCACACCUGGAUGGGCUAGUAACAAGUUUGCGAUAUCAGAUGACAAGGUAGCAGAGGGAGGGUACGUUCCACUAAUACCGUCAUUGCCAGUAUCAGCAGCUGUGGGUGAAACAAUUAUGAGAUCAAUCGGUGGACAGGUGGCUAAUGAGGACGGGCAAAGAAGCAAAGAUGGUCCAACUUAUAAGGUUGGACGGCCAGGUGUUUUGAACCUUACUUAUAUUGGAAAGCAGAUCAUAGCAACAGUUCAGAAUGUUAUUGCUGUAAUUGAAGGCGUAGAAGAACCUGAUCGAUUUUUCAUUCUGGGUAACCAUCGAGAUGCGUGGACAUUUGGAGCUGUUGAUCCCAACAGUGGCACUGCAGCACUGCUAGAGGUUGCUCAAAGAUUUGCAAAGCUACAGAAAAGAGGAUGGGGACCUCGAAGAACAAUCAUCUUGUGCAAUUGGGACGCAGAGAAGUAUGGCUUGAUAGGAUCAACAGAGUGGGUAGAAGACAACAGAGCAAUGUUAGCUUCAAGGGCUGUAGCCUACAUGAAUGUUGAUUGUGCAGUAGCUGGAGCAGGAUUUCAUGCCCAUGCAACUCCUCAACUUGAUGAAUUACUCAACAGGUUGAUUUUUAAGGUUCAAGACCCGGAUAACUCUUCACAGACCAUUUAUGAAUUGCGGGUCAGUUCCAGUAGCUCUCCUAUGAUUGGGAGAUUGGGCGGCGCAGGAUCCGAUUAUGCAGCUUUUGUGCAACAUAUUGGUGUUCCAUCUGCUGAUGUGUCAUUUGGAGGAGGGUACCCGGUAUACCACUCAAUGUAUGACGACUUCGUAUGGAUGAAGAAGUUCGGUGAUCCUAUGUUUCAAAGACACAUUGCAGUGGCCAGUGUUUGGGGUUUGGUUGCUCUUCAGUUAGCAGAUGAGGAGUUUUUACCUUUUAAUUACCUAUCCUAUGCAAAUGAACUCCAGGAAUCAAAUAAAUCCACCAACAGAAAAAUUGCAAAGGACUUGGAAGAUGAGGUCUCAGAUAAGGACAUAAACAUUGAUCCCUUGUUCAAGUCCAUUGAGGAGCUAACAAAUGCAGCCACCCAAAUAGAUAGUGAAAGAAAGGCAAUAGAAGAAAGCAAAGGCUGGGGGUCAAUAUUCAAGAAAGACCAUUUAAGAGUGAGAGAACUCAACGACAGAUUGGUGAUAGCAGAACGAGCAUUUACAGACCAAGAUGGACUCUCUCGGAGGAGAUGGAAUAAGCAUUUGAUAUAUGCAUCCUUGAAGCAUAAUGACUAUAGAUCCAAGUCCUUUCCUGGAAUAGUUGAUGCAAUCGAAAAGGCAAAGUCUCUCAAAACUGCAGAAUCAUGGCACUAUGUACAACAUGAAGUUUGGAGAGUCUCUAGAGCUGUCAGACAUGCCUCACUAGUCCUCAGUGGUGAAUUAACAUGAAUAUGUACACCAACAUCACCUUAAAUAUACAGUUCGUACCCGCUUUAUGCCAAAUAUAAGAAUUGAUAAGACAGA